AAGGGGGAGGGCAGCGGGGCUCAGACGAUAGAAAUCAGUCGACAAGUUGCGCCCAUAUGUCACUCAGAAAGAAACAAAUCAGCAGAUCAGAUUUACGGCAGACUUUCGGUACUUGCUGAGCUCAGGGAGACACUAAAAGAAAGAAAAAAGAAGGUAGCAGAACGGAAGAAGAGGAGGAGAGGGAGGAUGUUUCAGGGCAGAGGUCCUAUCCGCAGCUUUCUGUGCUCUUUGUCGAAGAACGGAAUCAACGCGGUUGUCUGUUAGUUCUCAGCGCGUUUCUGUCCGGUUUUCUGACCGGCUGAACCCCCAGCAGACUGGCAUGUGGGUCAACUCCGGAACCGUCGGAAGGGCCCUCUCCAUGGAUAUUGACACAGACUAUGAGCGGCCCAAUGUGGAAACCAUUAAGUGUGUGGUGGUGGGGGACAAUGCAGUAGGUAAAACCAGGCUAAUCUGCGCCCGGGCCUGCAAUGCCACGCUCACACAGUAUCAGCUGCUUGCCACCCACGUGCCAACCGUCUGGGCCAUCGACCAGUAUCGAGUAUGCCAGGAGGUACUGGAGAGAUCUCGGGAUGUGGUGGAUGAGGUCAGUGUGUCCCUGAGGCUUUGGGACACAUUUGGAGAUCAUCACAAAGACAGGCGAUUUGCCUACGGCAGGUCUGACGUAGUGGUGCUCUGCUUCUCUCUGGCUAAUCCCAACUCCCUGCGCCAUGUUCGCACCAUGUGGUUUCCGGAGAUCAAGCACUUCUGUCCCCGAACACCCAUCAUCUUGGUCGGCUGCCAGCUGGAUCUGCGCUAUGCUGACCUGGAUGCAGUUAACCGUGCGAGACGGCCGUUAGCAAAGCCCAUCAAACCAACAGACAUCCUUCCUCCAGAGAGAGGCCAUGAGGUGGCAAAAGAGCUUGGAAUUCCUUACUAUGAGACCAGCAUUGUAGCCCAAUUUGGAGUCAAAGAUGUGUUUGACAACGCCAUCCGUGCAGCCCUCAUUUCCCGUCGACACCUGCAGUUCUGGAAGUCCCAUUUGAAAAAGGUCCAGAGACCCCUGCUCCAGGCACCGUUCCUGCCCCCUAGACCACCACGCCCCAUCGUGGGUAUCCCAGACCCACCGCCGAAUGAUGGCAAAGACCCUGACGCCCUUUUCUGUCAGCCUCUUUGUGCAGAUGUUCUAUUCCUUUUGCAAAGUGGCUCUACUCGUGUCUUUGCGCACAAGGUUUAUCUGGCUACGUCCUGCUCCAAGUUCUAUGACCUUUUCACCCUUGAUCUUGGUGGCUUGAGUUUUGGGGCAAUGGGAGAGGAAGAGAACAGCAAGGAAAACACAGAAAGUGGAGAAGAAGACGAGCAGAGCAGGAGAGGAGCCAAAGAGCAAGCUGGGCGUACUAAGAGCCUGGACAUUGAUAAAGAGGGCGUAGAUGGAGGAGUUCGGUGCCUGAAUCGACCUGAGCUCCUCCAACAAGGCUCUUUGAGGACUUCACAGAGUGAUAAUGCACUUCCCUCUCGCGCCCAAUAUUCAAUGGGAGCAAUUGGGACAGGCCGAGCCCUUUCUGGAUGGGGUAGGGGGUUCCUCAGUGUGUGUUUGGAGAAUGUCGAUGAUCCUAUGACUGGACGGCCUCGUCUCAUGACUGUGGUUGCCAUGGAUGAACUGAUACAGGAGGAACCGUUUAAGGCAGUGCUUCAGUACCUUUACACAGGCAGUCUGGAUGAGAGCCGAGGGGAUCUGAUGCAGGUGGCCACCAUUGCGGAGUUGCUUGAGGUGUUCGACCUUCGGAUGAUGGUAGCCAAUGUUCUAAACAGAGAGAGCUUCAUGAAUCAGGAGAUCACAAAGGCCUUCCAUGUUCGCAGAGCCAAUCGCAUCAAAGAGUGCCUCAAUAAAGGAACCUUUGCUGAUGUGGUGUUCCGACUGGAUGACGGCUGCCUCCCGGCCCACAAGCCCCUGCUCAUCUCCAGCUGUGACUGGAUGGCAGCCAUGUUCCGUGGCUCCUUUAUGGAAAGCUACAUCGAGGAGGUAUCGAUUCCAAACACCAGUACAGCAUGCAUGCGUGGAGUGCUCGAGUUCUUAUAUUGUGGUCUCCUGACACCAUGUCCUGGACUGGAAUCAAUGGAACUGAUCAUUGUGGCAAACCGUCUCUGUUUGCCACGACUUGUUGCCCUCACUGAGCAGCAUGCUGUGGAUGAGCUACUUCAUCUGGCAGCAAAAGGAGUGGACAUCGAUGGGCAGGUGUUAGCUUAUCUUGAAGUUGCACAGUUCCACAAUGCCAAACAGCUCUCUGCUUGGUGUCUUCAUCACAUCUGCACAAAUUAUAACAGCAUCUGUCGCAAGUUUCCCAAAGACAUGAAAGCUAUGUCUCCAGAAAACCAGAGGCACUUUGAAAAGCAGCGUUGGCCUCCUGUGUGGUUCUUGAAGGAGGAAGACCGCUACCUCCGCUCUCAAAAGGAGCGUGAGCGUGAGGAGGAGAUCCUACGCAAGCAGCACACCAAACGAGGCUGGUGUUUCUGGAGACACCCGUCUUCUUCUCCGCACGUCUCCUAA